AGAAGGCCCAAUGCAUGAAAAACAAAUAAUAAAAAGCUUUAUAUUUUAUAUUAAACUUAAUAUUUCUUAAUUAUAUAAUCACACAAAUUAAAAAUGGGUAAUAAUCCCUUGGAGGUAAACAUAGGAUAUGUUUACAGUGCAACAACAAGAGAGGUGACUAAUCCAAGACUAUCCCACAAAAUAUCAGUCCCUAAAGAAGAUGAUCAUCAUAAAAUACUGCAAAAAAGGAUGCAUAUUAUUUUUUAUUAUGAGAAAAAUAAGAAGGAAGAAGAUAGUGGGUUGUAUAGUGGAGGAUGGAUCAGACAAUCCUUAGGAAAUGCUUUAAUGGAGAAACCCAUUUUGGCUGGAAGGCUUAGAAGAUCUGAAAAUGGAGAUUUGGAGAUUAUAUCUAAUGAUAGUGGAGUUAGAUGUGUUGAAGUUAGAGUUCCUUUAACUAUGGUUGAGUUUCUUGAGUUUAAGAAAAACAACAAAUUUGAUGGUGAAACUAAGCUUGUUUCUUGGAAUCAUGUUGAUGCAUCUAAUCCUUUAUUUUCUCCCCUCUUCUAUAUUCAGAUAACCAACUUUCAAUGUGGUGGCUACUCAAUUGGGAUAAGCUUUAGCCUUCUCUUGGUUGAUCCCUUAACUAUGACAAAGUUCCUUAAAGAGUGGGCAAAAAUUCAUACAAGUUGGGUUUAUGAAAAUGAAUUUCCAAAAAAAUCCUUGUUCUACACUCAAGAUUGCAAGUGGAUGGGAUGCUAUCAACUAGAUCAAAGUGAUACUUCUUCUACCUCUAACUCAUGUAACAAAAUCUCAAAAACUUUGAUUUUCAACAUUAUUAGCGACGAAAAAUUAAAUUCAAGAGACGAUCAAAUGUGCAAGUAUUUAGUUUCAUUAUGUCUAGAAGAAGCAGAAAGUAAGUUUCUUAACAAAAUAAAUUCUAUUAAUUAUUUCACUUUAAUUAUUAAAGAAGAAAAUGGAGGAGCAAAAGUCGAAAUCACAUCAAAAACGACAGACAUUCAUGCAUCAGAAAGAUCACGAUACGAGAUUGAAUCACUAAAUUGGGAAGAUUUGAAGAUUAAUGAGGUUGUUUUCCAAAAGAACAAUGAGCUAGUUGAUGUUUCACAAUGGAUUGCUUGUGAUGAUACUCUUGAAGGAGUGGUUCAAGUUGUUAUUUCACCCCAUAGUGAGGACAAUAAUGGAAUAAAGGUUUACAUCACUUUUCCUAGUGACAAAUAAAUAAAUAAAUAAAUAAAUAAACUUAUAUUGAAAAUCUUUUAAGGGAAAUCUCCCAUGCAUCUAUCAAUUAGAUUUCAGACCCCUCAACUAAAAAACAUAUUAAAUGCCUGUUUUUUUUAUUUAUUAUGAUCAUCUUGUUUUGUCUCCCACUACCCUACUUGCAAAGGGAAAGAAAAAAAGAAGAAAGAAUGUAUAAUAUAUUGAUGUCAAUAGUGAUAUGUUCUAGUGUAUUAUUAUUAUUGUUUUAAAUGAAAAAUAAUAAUGCUUAUUAGUUUGAUUAAUUAGUCAUUAAUUCUUCUUUCACAAUUUGAUUCAUGGAUGAUGGAAUAUUUAAGGUUGGUUAUUGGGUGAUUCUA